AUGGGCUCUCUCUGGAGCACCCCAGACUGCCCUCACCGAUAUGACCGCAUGUGUGCUCAACUGGAGGCACUGCCCUUCAGCUGCUGCCCAUGGAGUGAUGGGAGGAGGGUGUUAGGAUGGGAGUGCUCAGAGGAGAUGGCUGAGGACAGGGUGGAUGUGUUAGAUGGUGUAAAAAGAAGCCUCCUUACCAAGCUGUGGAGAAACGCCUCACUGUGCUGCGACGCCCCAUGUGCACCUUUGGCCCAAUGA